CGACCAAGGAAAACAAGUUUUCGUAACCUCGAAUAUACAUUUAUGAAUGUGAUCAACGUUGGAACAUGGGGAUUGUGUACUUAAGAAAUCCAUAAAGAAUGCACCCGCCAAGUGCAUCGAAUUGGCUGCGGAUUUUUAUCAAAAAUAUAUUUUUUGGAAAUUUUAUUGAUGUCCGGAAGUUAUAUGAUCACAUUCACUUAUGGCAUCUGGAAAGCCAACCACGUGCAAAGAAGCUAUACGGCGAUGGGAAGAAGAAAAUGAGCAGGAAGCAGCUACGGCGACAGAAGUAACUUUAAGUUUCCAGUGGCCACCAAUAGAAAAAAUGGAUAAUGCAUUAGCAGUUUUAGCCAAUUGUGAGAAACUUUCCCUGUCGACCAAUAUGAUUGAAAAAAUUGCAGGGAUUGGCAAUUUAAAAAAUUUAAAGAUUUUAUCGUUAGGUCGUAAUUUAAUCAAAGGUUUCGCCGGUUUUGAAGCUCUGGGUGAUACUCUUGUAGAAAUUUGGGUUUCUUACAAUUAUAUCGAGAAAAUGAAGGGUAUUCAAGCAAUGAGAAAUCUUCGUGUACUCUACAUGUCCAAUAAUUUGGUGCGAGAGUGGAACGAAUUUGCUAGACUACAAGAACUUCCAAAUCUUCGGGAUCUAGUUUUUGUCGGCAAUCCAUUGUAUGAAAGUAAUGAGAUCGAGCAAUGGAGAAUCGAGGUUGCGCGGCGUUUACCAAAUUUGGAAAAACUCGAUGGUGAACCAAUAAUACGAACAGAAGAAAAUCCAAUCUCGAUUCAAUCAGCCAAGACUGACAGUCCAUCGCAUGAUUUGCUUGAACAAGAAUCUGGUUAAUUUUUUGACACAGCAUAUUUUAUCUAUU